AUGUCAACCACGGAAAAGGAUACGCUGCCGCACAAUGUCGACUCGCCAGAGCACUCGUUGACCGACAGCAACACGCUGGAGCUUCCCAAUACAUGGAAGUACCGGCGCAUCACUUUGCUCGGCUACAAGAUCCCCUGGUUCGCCUCGCCGCCGGUGCAGCUGGUCAUUGUCUCGUUUGUGUGCUUCAUGUGCCCGGGCAUGUUCAAUGCCCUCAACGGCAUGGGCGGAGGCGGCCAGCUCGAUCCCACAGCCAACAACAGGGCCAACACCGCGCUGUACUCGACUUUUGCCGUCGUGGGCUUCUUUGCCGGCACAUUCACCAACAAACUCGGUAUUCGCACCUCCUUGUCCUUUGGCGGAAUUGGCUACUCGGUCUAUGUCGCUUCCUACCUCAGCUACAACCACACCCGUAAUCUGGGCUUCACCACUUUCGCCGGUGCCUGGCUUGGUGUAUGCGCUGGUCUGCUGUGGUGCGCUCAGGGCGCCAUCAUGAUGUCUUACCCGCCUGAAGAGUCCAAAGGCCGCUACAUUUCCUGGUUUUGGAUGAUCUUCAACUUGGGCGCCGUCAUUGGAACUUUGAUUCCCCUGGGCCAGAACAUGCACGUGGAGCAAGACGGUUCUGUCAAUGACGGUACCUACAUUGGCUUCCUCAUCCUCACGCUUAUUGGUGCCGCCCUGGCCUGGACCCUAGUGGACGCAAAGGAUGUUGUGCGCGCCGACGGAUCCAAGGUCAUCGUCAUGAAACACCCCUCGUGGAAAUCGGAGUUUGUCGGCCUUUGGCAGACCUUCUUCACCGACCCUUACAUCAUCCUUCUUUUUCCCAUGUUCCUUGCCUCGAACUGGUUCUACGCCUACCAUUUCACCGAGGUCAACGCGGCCUACUUCAAUGUCCGCACCCGGGCGUUGAACGGGGUAGUGUACUACAUUAUGCAGAUUAUCGGUGCCUACGUCUUUGGCUUUGCCCUGGACAUGAAGGGUGUUCGUCGAACGACGCGUGCCAAGGCAGCAUGGGCUGCGUUGUUUGCGACCAUUAUGAUUGUCUGGGGUUGCGGCUACGAAUUCCAAAAGACGUAUGACCGUGCCUGGGCAGAGGACAAGUCGAACAAGAAAAAGGACUGGACGGAUGCGGGCUACGCCGGCCCUUUUGUCCUCUACGCCUUUUACGGCUUCUCCGACGCCGCCUGGCAGACGUGUGUCUACUGGUUCAUGGGCGCGUUGACCAACAACAGCCGCAAGCUUGCGAAUUUUGCUGGUUUCUACAAGGGCAUCCAGUCGGCCGGUGGCGCUAUUACCUGGCGGCUGGACGACACGGGCAUUCCGUACAUGAACAUGUUUGCGUCCAAUUGGGGCUUGCUUGGCGGCAGCCUGCUCGUCGCGCUGCCCGUCAUUCUCUGGAAAGUCGAGGACACAGUGGCGCUGGAGAAGGAUGUUGCAUUUACAGACGAGAGUGUUGCCGAGGUCGCACCCAAGGCCAAUGUACAAGUUGUGAAUAACGAGGCCGAGAAGGUAUGA